AUGAAGACAUUUAUAUUCUUGACUAUUCUGCUUCAAAUUUUCGUUUUACAACAAGUACGAACAAAUGAAUGUGAAUUAACAUCAAAUGAUGAUAUUCAAUUAACAGCAAAUGAAUUUAUUCAAUCACGACAAAUAUGUCACAUAUUAAAUUUACCAACAACAAAUAAACGUCAAAUAUCUAUUACUGGUCGUUUAGUGGAUUAUACAACACGUUGUCAGAAGAGUAUAAGUAAUGCAAAUGUUGAAAUUAUUCGUAUACAUUUAAAUCAUCGAUCAGUGUGUUCUAAUAUUUAUCAUUCGAAUUCUGAUGGUUAUUUUAAUCUAACCAAUUUAAUAAUAGAUUUUAAUGAGGAAAUUUUCUUACGAUUAACAGCACCAAGUUAUAAAACUAUUUACAAGAAAAUUCAUUUCCCAUUAUCAUAUGAUCAAUCAGUAGAAAUGAUAUUGAAUUGGAAAAUUGUUUUAUCAAAAGAUAUAAAACAAAGCCAAUCACAAGAUGAUCAACGUAUGAAAUCUAUUGUUGAUACACUUCUAUCAGAAAUGACAUUAGAUGAAAAAAUUGGUCAAUUGAAUCUCGAGGGUGUUGGUUUUAAUGCUGAUGGUCCAGUUAUCACUAACGAGCAAAGAGAAAGAAUUCGUCGUGGUGAAAUUGGUGCUGUUUUGGGGAUUUUUACGCCUCAAGCUGUUCGUCAAUUACAAGAACUUGCAAUAAAUAGUUCACGUUUAAAAGUUCCUUUUAUCUUUGGUUUUGAUGUUAUCCAUGGACAUAAAACAAUUUUUCCAAUUCCUUUAGCUUUAAGUGCAACAUGGAAUAUGACAUUAAUCGAACAAAGUGCACGUAUUGCAGCUCGAGAAGCAACUGCUGAUGCUCUUAAUUGGGUAUUUUCACCUAUGGUAGACAUAGCACAUGAUCCACGUUGGGGUAGAAUUCUAGAAGGUGCUGGUGAAGAUCCUUAUUUAGGUAGUCAAGUAGCUGCUGCUAUGGUACGUGGUUAUCAAGGAAGUAAUAUAAGUGAUGUAGACACAGUUAUGGCAUGUUUUAAACAUUUUGGUUUAUAUGGAGCAGCAGAAGCUGGCCGUGAUUAUAAUACUGUUGAUAUGAGUCCUUUAAGAAUGUAUGAAUUUUAUCUACCUCCUUAUCGUGCAGCAGUUGAAGCUGGAGCUGGUAGUGUAAUGACAUCAUUUAAUGAAAUUAAUGGUGUUCCAUCAACAGCGAAUCAAUGGUUACUAACUGAUUUACUUCGUAAUCAAUGGAAUUUUACUGGAUUUGUUGUUACAGAUGCUACAGCGAUGUAUGAACUGAUUCCUCAUGGUUUAGGUAAUUUACAAGAAGUAAGUGCUCGAUCUCUCAAUGCUGGUGUUGAUUUGGACAUGGGUAGUCAAGGAUUUCUAUCAACAUUGAAUCAAUCUGUACAACAAGGAAAAGUAACUGAACAAACAAUUGAACAAGCAUGUCGUCGUGUUUUAGAAGCUAAAUAUAAAUUAGGUUUACUUGAUGAUCCAUUUCAUUAUGUGAAUGAAUCACGUGCACAUACAGAUAUAUUUACGAAAGAAAAUCGUUUAGCAGCAAGAGAUUUUGCUCGUCGUUCUUUUGUUCUUUUGAAAAAUGAUAAACAAAUAUUACCAUUAGCAAGAUCAAAUUUAACUAUUACGUUGGUUGGUCCAUUGGCUGAUGAUCGUAGAAAUUUACUUGGUGCAUGGAGUGGUGCUGGUGAUUGGACUCAAGCAGUUAGUGUACUUGAUGGUAUUAAUCAACUUAUUGGAAACAAUAUUCAAGUUUUGCAUGUCAAAGGAGCGAAUCUUCUUGAAGAUCCAGAUAUGCUUAAAUUAUUAAAUGCAUAUGGUGGUGAUAUUAUCUUAGAUAAUCGAACAGCUACACAAAUGAUUGAUGAAGCUCUUCAAGCUGCACAAAAAUCUGAUGUUAUUGUUGCUGUUGUUGGUGAGACUCAAGGCAUGACAGGUGAAGCAGCAAGUCGAGCAGAUAUUGGAUUACCAGUAUGUCAACAACUUUUACUUCAAGCAUUAUUUAAUACAAAUAAACCUGUUGUUAUUGUAUUAAUGAAUGGACGGCCAAUGACAUUAACAUGGGAAGAUCAACAUGCAACAGCUAUUUUAGAAACAUGGUUUGCUGGUACUGAAACAGGAAAUGCUAUAGCAGAAGUACUUUUUGGUUAUUAUAAUCCAGCUGGUAAAUUAACAGCAACAUUUCCACGUUCUGUUGGACAAAUUCCACUCUAUUAUAAUCAUAAAAAUACUGGACGACCAUUUAAUUCAAGUGACUUUCUUAAUCGUUAUAAGAGUCGUUAUUUAGAUAUAUCAAAUGAUCCAUUAUAUCCAUUUGGUUAUGGUCUUAGUUAUACAUCAUUUAGUUUUGGUCCAUUAAAUGCUGAUAAAACACAACUUCAUGGUGAUUCUGAUCGUUUAACUAUUCGUUUCGUCUUAGGUAAUAAUGGUGCAUAUGAUGGAGAAGAAGUUGUUCAAUUAUAUAUUGGUGAUCCAGUUGCAAGUGUAACACGAGCUGUACGUGAAUUAAAAAAUUUUCAAAAAGUAUUUCUUCAAGCUCGUGAACGUCAAGAAAUUUCAUUUAUUAUUACAACUGAUGAUUUAAAAUUUUUUGAUUCAAAUCUUAAUUAUAUUUGGGAAGAAGGACUUUUUAAUAUUUAUAUUGGUCCUGAUUCAGUUAAUACUCAAUCAGUUCAAAUCAAUUGGUUUAAAUUAUAA